AUGGACUUAGAUAGUUUUUUAUGUCUUGUACUUGGUAUUCCAUGUUUCUUGAUGGAAAUGUAUAUUUCAAAGACAAAAUAUUCAUCGUCAACAUCAACGAAAUCUCCAUCGAAAGAUCGUGGAACAUUUAUUUUUAUCUGGUUAAUUAUAAUAUGUUCACAAGCAUUGUCCAUAAGUUGUGUUCGUUUAGAUUAUGGAUCAAAAAUAAUUGCUAAUAAAUCUUUUAUAUAUUUUUUGUGGAUUUCAUUUAAUAUUAGUUUAUAUCUAAUAGGCAUUUUAUUACGAAAACAAUCAAUAGAACAAUUAGGCAAAUGGUUUACAACCGUAAUUCGAACAGAUGAAAAUCAAAAAUUAAUUGAUUUUGGAUGGUAUAAAAAAAUGCGCCAUCCAUCAUAUGCAGAUCAAAGUACUACUUCUUCAGUUGGUUAUACAAAUUAUCAAGAAAUAUCAACAGAUAAUUGUACAGGAAGUACAUCUAUUUGUACACAAGAACUUCCCUUUGAUGUUAGCAAACCACCUGAUGUAUGGCUUGAUGCAAGAAUUACGGUAUCAACCAUUGAAUUAAACGUAAAUAAUAUUCAAGCUCGUUUAAAUCUUGAUGCACGAGUCGCAUCACUCGUUAAUCUUACUGCAGGUGUUUCAGUAGGCAUUUCAGCUGUUCAAUUAAAAAUUCGUGGUGUUAAUGCUCAAGUUCAGUUGGCUGUAGUGUUAGAUAAAAUUGCUGAUAUUAUUAAUACAACACUUCAAUCAAUCGAUCUUAAUCCUAUUCUAGCAGAAGUAAUCACAGGUGUUCGAAAUACAGCAAACCAACUUCUUUAA